GGUACUGCAGGCGGAAGCUCGCCACCUGUUGAGGACAUCUUCGUGACUAAAAUUGCACACCUGAGUUUUUACUUCUUGAAGCUGUCUGGCACUUCUUUGCUUUUUAGAGAGAAGACAAAAUGGACAAACUAAAGAAGGUGCUGAGCGGGGAGGAUGAUGGUAACUCGGACGCGGCAGGAAUCCUGGAGAGAGCCAAUAACGCAUCAACGCUAGCCUGGGGGACAAGAAUGAAAGGCUUUCUCAUCUGUUUCAUUUUGGGUGUGCUGUGUUCCAUUCUGGGCACGUGUUUGCUGUGGUUGCCGGCGUUUGGACUCGCGGUUUUUGCUGUCCUCUACAGUGUAGGAAACAUCUGUGCUCUAGCCAGCACCAUGUUCCUGAUGGGACCGUGCAGGCAGUUAAAGAGCAUGUGUGCCAAAGAACGAGCGCUUGCCACCAUCAUUAUGCUGGUGUGUCUGGCUCUGACUUUAUGUGCAGCUUUCUGGUGGAAGAACUACGGCCUUGCACUGCUGUUCUGUCUCCUGCAGUUUUUAGCAUUCACCUGGUAUGGCCUUUCAUACAUCCCCUUCGCCAGAGACGGUAUCUUAAAAUUAUUUUCCUUCUGCUUCUAAACAUCUGAAUGAGCAUUGAGGGGGCUGCGAGUCGGCGGACCAGGUGUCAGGUGUGGUUUCCAUGGUGACCAGUUGUCUCUCCGCAUCCUGUGUGUGUUUAGUUGUACACCUGUUUGGUGUAUGGAUUGUAGUUUUUAUUAUUUAUUGUAACAGACGUGUUAGGAUAUUUCACAGCACAGCAGGUAUUCAUAUUGUAUUUAUAUAACUGGUAUAUAUUAAAUAUCCAAUUACUGAUAAAAAUAUUAGCCAUUAAUAUUAAUUAGCAAAUUUGAGGUCAAAAUGUAUAUUAUUUCAGAACAGCUGGACUGAUACCCAUGAGCUAAAAGUGCUAUUCUUGUGAACACUAUGAUGCCACAUGAAGUGUAGCUACUGA